GUCCGCGGCUUCUCGCGCACCGUCCUGGAUAAGGAGGUGCACAUCUUCUACGGGAUCCCGUUCGCCAAGCCGCCCAUCGGGCCGCUGCGAUUCAGGAAGCCCCUGCCCAUAGAGCCGUGGCACGGCGUGCUGAACGCCAGCGUACUGCCCAACAGCUGUUACCAGGAGAGGUACGAGUACUUCCCCGGCUUCCCCGGCGAGGAAAUGUGGAACCCGAACACGAACAUCUCCGAGGACUGUCUCUACCUGAACAUCUGGGUGCCCCAGAAGUUCCGUCUGAGGCAUAAGGGCUCGGAGCCGCCCAACAACGGCGACAAGAACGGACUGCCGCUGCUGGUGUGGAUCUACGGCGGAGGAUUCAUGAGCGGCACCGCGACCCUGGACGUCUACGACGCGGACAUCAUGGCAGCCGUCAGCAACGUCAUCAUCGCGUCCAUGCAGUACAGGGUGGGCGCGUUCGGGUUCCUCUACCUGAAGAAACACUUCACCAACAGCGAGGAGGCCCCGGGCAACAUGGGACUGUGGGACCAGGCCCUGGCACUAAGGUGGCUGCGCGACAACGCGGCCGCCUUUGGAGGCGACCCCGACCUGAUCACCAUUUUUGGGGAAUCCGCCGGUGGCAGUUCCGUGUCCCUGCACCUGAUCUCCCCGGUGACGCGAGGCCUGGUCCGCCGGGGGAUCCUCCAGAGCGGCACCCUCAACGCUCCCUGGAGCUACAUGACCGGGGAGAAGGCUAACGAGGUGGCCAGGGUCCUCGUCGACGACUGCGGCUGCAACUCCACCAUGCUCCAAGAGAACCCGGCCAGGGUGAUGGCUUGCAUGAGGUCCGUCGACGCUAAAACCAUCUCCGUGCAGCAGUGGAACAGCUACUGGGGCAUUCUGGGCUUCCCAUCGGCGCCCACCAUCGACGGCACCUUCCUGCCCAAGCAUCCCCUCGACCUUCUGCGAGAGGCCGACUUCAAGAACACGGAGAUACUCAUCGGGAACAACGAGAACGAAGGAACUUACUUCAUACUGUACGACUUCAUCGACUUCUUCGAGAAGGACCAAGCGAGCUUCCUGGAACGCGACAAGUUUCUCACCAUCAUCAACACCAUCUUCAAGAAUAUGUCUCAGAUCGAGCGGGAAGCCAUUACUUUCCAGUACACCGACUGGGAGCAGGCGAACAAUGGCUACAUGUACCAGAAGAUGGUCGCGGACGUUGUGGGCGACUAUUUCUUCAUCUGCCCAUCGAUACACUUUGCUCAACUGUUCGCGGAUCGUGGCAUGAAGGUCUACUACUACUUCUUCACUCAAAGAACGAGCACGAACCUAUGGGGCGAGUGGAUGGGUGUGAUGCACGGCGACGAGGUGGAGUACGUGUUUGGGCAUCCUUUGAACACGUCCUUGAAGUACAGCGACAAGGAACGAGAACUAUCCCUCAGGAUGAUACUCUACUUCUCCAAGUUCGCCUACUUGGGGAAACCGACGAACGAGGAGUCUGAGUGGCCACCAUAUUCGAGGGAUCAACCACAGUAUUUUAUCUUCGACGCGGAGAGAACUGGCCUUGGAAAAGGCCCACGCACCACGUCCUGCGCUUUCUGGAACGAGUUUCUGCCGAGGUUGAAGGGAGUACCAGAUCCGAUACAGGAGUCAUGCAACAGCGCGAUAGCCUCGAGUGUGUCAGCGGGGGCCGAGAAUCUGCGCUACACCCUGGCGAUCAUGGUGCUAUCGUCGAUCCUGGCGUUCUCGAGAGUCAUCUAAAACCGUAAGAGGGACACAACCGGUAUCGAUCGACCCUUCUCUGAAAGCCGCCAGCAGUCCGGGCUUCGAACAGUAGGUUUCAGGUUCAGGAUCUCGUUAGCGGUUAACAGGCUGUUAAUCGUCGGGUAGAUCAAUGGAUCCCGGGACCCAUCAGCGUCAAACCGCGGCUACUUUUCUCCCUUCCGAACGAAAAAGAUAACCCGAAGGAACACAAGCUGAUUCCAGUUGAUUCCAGAUUUACGAGCGAGUUUCUGCAGGGACUUAACGGAGGAUUAAGCAGGGCUUCCUAGUAAGCAGUCGCCAUUCUGGCCCUCCUCUACACCGUCUUUCCUCGACCAAACAGAUUUCAUCCAAACGGAUGGGAUUCAGAGAUUGAUGACCGGGCUGCCGGAAAAACCGGGACGCCUUAACGACCCUGUCGCGCACUCAAGGUUGCACCCAUCAACUUUUAACGUCCCACGAAAUUGGAAUCCUCGAUAAAAAGGGAAUCAUACUCUUGUCACAGAUGCUGGACCUAUGGACAGUUCCCCGUAAAUUCAUAAGAAUAACGUCAGACAGGGAUACAGAAUCUCAGCAUGCAAGUUUCUAAACAUGUACCCUAUAGCUCCAUGUAGAGCUAUGGUAGCCACCAGGGACGAAGUUACAAAGCUGUCCUACUAAUCUCAUGGCUCUAACUCCAUCAAGAACCAUGGUGUAACCUGAAGAUCCUAAGGCAUCCAAACCCCAUAACAAAUGUCACAGCAGCCUGCGCAAGACAACAUCCGAAGCUUCUAUCGUGGAUGAAAGUUCUAAAUUCAUAAGAAUAACGUCAGAUAGGAAUACAGAAUCUCAGCAUGCAAGUUUCUAAACAUGUACCCUAUGGAUUAGCUCCAUGUAGAGCUAUGGCAGCCACCAGGGACGAAGUUACAAAGGUGACUAAUCUCAUGGCUCCAUCAAGAAUGCGACCACAUCAACCAUGGUGUAACCCGAAGAUCCUAAAGCAUCCAACGUGUCACAGGUGUCACAGCAGUUUGUGCAAGACAACAUCCGAAGCUUCGAUCGUGGAUGAAAGUUCUAAACGUGUACCCUAUGGAUUAGCCCCAUGUAGAGCUAUAGCAGCCACCAGGGACGAAGUUACAGAGGCGACCUACUAAUCUCAUGGCUCUAACUCCAUCAAGAACCAUGGUGUAACCCGGAAAUCCUAAAGCAUCCAAAGCCCAUAACAGAUGCCACAGCCUGCGCAAGAUAACCGAAGCUUCGAUCGUGGAUGAAAGUUCUAAACGUGUACCCUAUGGAUUAGCCCCAUGUAGAGUUAUGGCAGCCACCAGGGACGUAGUUACAAAGCUGACCUAAUCUCAUGGCUCCAUCAAGAAUGCGACCACAUCAACCAUGGUGUAACCCGAAGAUCCUAAAGCAUCCAAGGUGUCACAGGUGUCAUAGCAGCUUGUGCAAGACAACAUCCGAAGCUUCGAUCGUGGAUGAAAGUUCUAAACGUGUACCCUAUGGAUUAUCCCCAUGUAGAGCUAUGGCAGCCACCAGGAACGAAGUUACAAAGGUGACUAAUCUCAUGGCUCCAUCAAGAAUGCGACCACAUCCACCAUGGUGUAACCCGAGUAUCCUAAAGUAUCCAAGCCCCAUAACAGGUGUCUCAGCAGCUUGCGCAAGAAAACCGAAGCUUCGAUCGUGGAUGAAAGGAGAGACGAUUGUAGAAGAGCGGAUUUGAAUAAAAAUAGACGGGACACGGUCUGCGGGCAUGCUCGUCGGUCUGAUUCAAAUGAUAAUACCUCCGUGAUCCGAUUUGCAUAAAUAAUACAGAGAGCAGAGCUGACCGAUCGAUACGGCUCCGGGUAAAAACGUGUUUCCGUUGGGACGGCUGGUGGCAGUAAACAGUCGGUUCGCCGCGAUUAACCACCUGUUCGUGCAAUCGAUGGACUCGUGACAAAAGUUUCAUCAGUAAAACGAGCAACAAGUGCGUCGUUUUGCAUAAGAACGAGGGGGGAGGUCGCGAACGAUCGCUUGGAUCCCGUCCAAAACCUUCGCUGCGUCGUUCCUCGAUUCUUCCCGAUGGUUCGAACGCUUUAAAUCGAUCCGGAGCUUUAUGCUCGAUCUCAAGCACAAGCUUUGUGGAGGAUCGCUGCCUCUGGAUAAGCUUCGGGGAGAAAAGUUGCGGAACGAUUUGGCGCAAGUUACAAAGUGAAAUUGCCUCGAGAUUGUCAGUCUCGUUCCGGAAAUAACGAUUUGGGAGGCCAUGGAAAGUUUCGGAGACGAGAAUAUUCGAGGAGGGCAAGUUCGGAAAUCUUAAGACUCGAUUAGAGAUCGUUCCGAGUCGAUAAUUGCGGCGGUCAUAAUUCCUAGCGAACCAAUUGCAAAUUGUUACGAUUAUUUGGUACGACGAUCGAGAAAGCGAAAAGGAUAUCGAUAAAGUACGGGCCAUUAGAAGGCUGGAGGACUCUCCAUAGAUAGCUCUCGAAAAUUCAACGGGUUAAGUGCAGACUGGUGUCCUCGAAGCUACUCGACAACACCUUCAAACUGGGAAUACCGCUUGCCGUAACGAAUAACGGGGAGGUGACAGGAGGAUGAGAAGGGACAGAGACGCGGGAUCGUGUCAGUUUCCCAAGGAAUUUACGCUCCGCUUCUCCGCCUCGCGAAAUUGGACAAACUCGCUUCUUUCGAGCUUUCGAAAUCGUUAUAAAUAAACUCCCUGUCUCGUUGAUGUCUUCCCGAGUUCACCGGAAGUCUCCUCGCUGUUCGCGUCGUUACCGUCUUAAGGAUCUCGAGGACUCCUUCGAGGAGACUGCUCUCAGUUUCGACGUCCGGAAGAAUUUAAUGAACUUUCUGCAAGAUACUUUUAUUUUCGCGAUCGAGAUAAUCAUAUUCGUGUGCGCAACGGGGACCACCGCGAAGAGGAUCAAAGGGUCGACCCCCAUAAAUUGAACGUUCAAGCGUGUAUGAAGGUAGUCAUCGGCAUGGAGGUUCCGAAGGGUGCAUAUCCCGUAACAAGCUUAUGUCUGUCCAUGACCUCAGAGACUGUGGUCUCGUAGGAUAGCAAACCUAAAAAAUGACGAAUCCUGUGAGGGUGGUCAAGACUUGAUCACUUGGACCCCAUAAAAAUGCUGAUGCUAGUAAAUAAGGUAGCCUAUGAGUUGAUCUACAUCGGUGUUUAGCAAUCUAUUCUCCGAGUUUCUACUGUUGGAAGCUAAUUUGAAAGUGUCGAAACGACAAUAAAUGAACGGAGAAGAGCAGUCACGGCCUAACGUAGUCUUCUACGAUCGUACAAUCAUUUUCCAUUGAAGGUUCCACGAUCUAUCCGGAAGAAUCGACGAGGAGGACUGCACGAAACUCGUUCGGAAUCAUGGAACUCCCUCGAAUCACACUUCGACCCUUAGAACGAUGUAAAGAGAACCUCAAAGAUUAACAGACGAGCUCAAGAGGACCACGAUCGCAUAAAGGGACACCACCUUUGAUCUGGACUUUCAAGAUGGGCACAGCUAACAUGACAAUACCGUCGGUGAAGUAAACGUUUAAACAAGUAGAUAAAUUAAAUCGCUAGGAGAUAAAAGCAAAAAAAACGUACAUACAAAGUUUAAUAAAAGUAGAACAAAAGGGAUUUUAAAAAAGAGCUUGGAUAAUCCGCCGGGAGAAAGGAGUCCAGGUCAAAUUUUCGAGGUAAUCUCGAGAAUGAAGGGACAGGCGUCAAGGGUGCAGAAUUUAAUAAAAAAAGUUGCAAACACGGUUCUUUUUCUCGAAUCGAUUCUAUUCUAUGAAAUUAACACAUUGCCAAUAGCCUACUUUUUCUCUCCGCCAUUUUAUAUUUCUAAGCUGCUGAAAUGUUCUGCGUUUGAAAAAAGACCCUAACGUUGGCAGUGUGUUAACGUUAACUUACGAGCAAAAAUUUCGUUUCCACCGCUUUCGGAGGAGCAAAAGGGAGAUAAAAAAGGUCCGCGCACCCCUGAGGCAGACAAGGGUUAACCGAGAAAAUUGGGGAGGAUAACACGAUUUCUUCGGCUUCAGGCUGUCAGAGAUCACAAAUAUAUAUAUAUACAUAUACAUAUACAUAUAAUUAACGGCAAAAAAAUGGCACCUCGUGAAUUAAUCGUGAACACGU